AAUGAGAAAUCUCACCUUCCCAAAUCGAGUUCGCGAUAAGACGACAAAAUCUCUUCGAUUCCCUCCCCCCGUCCGUCGAUUGUCCAUCCGAACCCCUUUCGCGAUUCUUUGUGCGAGCCAUGGCCCAUAUCAGCAUGAUCUAGGCGUCAGUGCUGCAUUCAACGGUUGUCCAGCAUUCCAAUGAGGUGAAAAAUUGGUUAUCAAUCUCGUCGUUUGAUACCUCAGCAUCGAACUCUCUUGUCUCGUGUGUUACCCUACAGGUUCAGACGAUUACAUUAGGUAAUCUCACCGAGUUUGCGAGAGGAGGGCAAACGGGGUUUUCAUCAAUCGCGGUUCUUUCUUAUCGCUCGUCGUCAGCUUUAUUUCCCUCACCUUCUCUCCGACCCCGACCUCGGUGAAGGAAGCACAAGGUGCACGAGUUGAGGACAAAGGGGGAAUCAUGGCAAAAGCGACGAGUACCGACACCAUCCAAUUCCCCGGCGCCAAGUCGCCUGGCAUCACCGAUGUCACCCGCCACGCCUGGAUCACGUCCGACGACGUCGAGGCCGCCGAGGCCUCUCGGCGCGGCCCGUUUGAGCCUCACGACGACCACGACGGCGAUUUUGUCACCACCACCGAGGACCGCGACCUGAAGCGCGGCUUGGAGCAGCGCCACUUGUCAAUGUUGGGUAUCGCGGGCGCCAUCGGCACCGGUCUUUUCCUUGGUCUCGGCGGCGCUAUCCAGACCGGCGGCCCUCUUGGCGCAUUGCUUGGCUAUGCGACCGUCGGUCUGAUUGUUUGUGCCGUGCAGUUUGCUCUCGGAGAAGUUUCGGCGCUCCUCCCCGUCACCGGUUCAUUCGUCCGCCAUGCCGAGUUUCUUGUCGAUCCGGCCUGGGGAUUCGCGAUCGGAUGGAAUCUGGUUUACGGCAACAUUUUGUCCAUUCCCUCUGAGAUCACGGCCAUUUGCGUACUCUUUGAGUUCUGGACAGACCUGAACCCCUCCGUCUUCAUCGUCAUCUUCAUCAUCUUGACGUUCGUCGUCGGUAUCGCCUUCGUGCGCGUCUUCGGAGAGGUCGAGUUCGUCUUCGCCUUGCUCAAGAUCCUCCUGGUCAUCUUCCUCAUCAUCCUCGGUCUCGUCAUCGACCUCGGCGGCGUUCCCGGCACCCCCCGCAUCGGGUUCAGGUACUGGCAGAGCCCCGGCCCCUUCGUGGAGCACAUCGCGACCGGCGACUGGGGCAAGUUUCUGGGUUACUGGGGUGUCAUGACCAGCGCCGUCUUCUCCUUCGCCGGCGUCGAGUCCCUCGCCAUGGCCGCUGCCGAAACUCAGAACCCCCGCCGCGCCAUCCCCCGCGCUUGCAAGCGUGUCUUUGCGCGUAUCGUGCUCUUCUACAUGCUCGCGGUUCUGGUCGUCGGUAUGCUCGUCUCCAGCAACGAUCCCCGCCUCGACGACGCCUAUGGUACCGCUGCUCAGAGUCCCUUUGUCAUCGCCGCCUCUGCUGCCGGAAUUCCUGCCAUCCCAAGCGUAGUGAAUGCCGUCGUCAUCACCUCCGCCUGGUCAGCCUCUAACCAGAGUCUCCUCGCCGGCACCCGUGUUCUUUUCGGUCUUGCACUCAAGGGACAAGCCCCGAAGAUCUUCCUCCGUACAACCGCCUGGGGUACACCUUACGUUUGCGUCCUGCUGUUCACCGCUUUCAUGUUCCUCAGCUUCAUGAGCUUGUCCAACGGCGCAUUGACUGUCUUCUGGUGGCUGGUUGACCUGACUGCGGCUGGUGUUUUGGUGUCGUGGUCGGCCAUUCUCUUGAACCAUAUCCGUCUUAAGACAGCGAUGAAGAAGCAGGGUAUCGAGUUCAGCAGGUUGCCGUGGAACAACUCGUGGACCCUGUACAGCUCUUACGUCGCCUUGGUCUUGUGUAUCGUCAUUCUCUUGACCAGUGGCUUCGAAGUCUUCACCAAGGGCAACUGGGACGCCAGUGGCUUCGUCUCGUCUUAUCUGGAUAUUCCUCUGGUUGCUGGUGCUUUCCUGUUCUGGAAAUUCUUUAAGAAGACCAAGGGUGUCGUUCUUGAAAACAUCCCACUUCAUGAUGCUUUUGAGCAGGCCGACGCCUAUCCCGAAGAGCCUGAAAAGCAAGAGACUGGCCCUAUACGGUUUGUCAGCUGGAUCUGGAAUUAAUGGAGGACCUUUUGAGCGUUGCCCAUACUUAAUUAGCGCACAAAGACGCACCUACCUCCUAAUACCCUAGUGUACAAACACUUCAACACCUUAGUUGUAUAUAUAAUAUGUAGAAGCCGGCAUCAUUGGUCUGGUCUUAAACAAAGAUGGUUCAACACUGAGAAA